ACAAGAACUCUACAUGACCAAAAUUAAACAUCUUGAUACCUUUAAAAAUUCAUUCUUAGAAUACGAUAUAGUAUGCAGCAUGGGCACUUGGUCUGCUGAAGGUACAUUAAUUAUGAUAAAGAAAAAGUACGUAAUUGUUGACAGCGAUGUCGAUCCUGAUGGUCGAAUCGUCUUCAUCAAAACUACAUACAAUCAAAUUCCAAUUGUAAUCGUUAGUAUUUACGCUCCAAUACAAAUUACUGAACGAUGUACAUUUUUCAAAGAUUUAUAUUUAUAUAUACCAUCAUCUGAAUGGAUAUUAAUUGGUGGGAAUUUCGACUGUACACCAAAUAAUCAAUAUGAUAGGAAUUGAAACGAAAUUGUUAGCGUCAACAGAUGACACUAUGUUGCCGCUAACUAAUUUAGUCACUGUCCUUUGGUCAUUUUGUUUUGUCCUUCCUUCCAUAUAUAAUUUGUCUUCCUGUCGUUUUAUUUUUUUUUCUCUCUCUCUCUCCUAUAUAUAUGCUUUCAUUAGUUAUCAUUACUAGUCAGUUGAUUAUCUUGUUGUUAUCAUUCAUCCUUCUGAACAACAUCUCUUUUCUCUCUCGUCCCCUCACCUAUUAUAAGCCUUAUUUUUCCUCUCUUUUAUUAUUACUCGUAUAUCUAUGAUCUUGUCUUUUUCCUUAUCAUCAAUAAACUCUAAACUACCUACAUCUCAACUAUCAUUUUCCUUAUUGCUGGAUAUAUUAUUCAGGUAGGCAGUUUUCCUUUUACGUGUGAUAUCUCAGAACUAUAUACAGACCAGACACUUUUCUGUAGUUAUCUUCCCGCUUACCAAUAGAAAGUGUGCAGGAGAUUUAGGAUAACAUACGAAAAGCUAACAGAAAUCAUACACCCAUUAUUAUUAACAGAAUUAUUUCGUGCUAAAUACCCUCGAAAGAUCAAUUACUCGUUUCAUGAUGAAACAAGGAAUUAUCAUAGUCGUAUUGAUUUAUUUUUUGAUUCAGAAAUAGGCAAGAAAAAUAUCCAAAAAUAGAUUAUGUCCCAGCUGGUUUCUCUGAUCAUGAUUGUUUAAUAGUCAAAUUAGAAAGUCCAACAUUAAAUGAAAAAAUUUUUUGAAGGUGGAUAUGUAACCCCGACGUUAUCAAAAAAAAAAAAACUUUCAAGAAAAAUUUCGAGCAAUGUGGAAUGUGUUCCUCAAUUUGGAUAUAAUGAAUUCAAUACAUUGGUGGAUAGACUUCAAGACAAGUUUAACUUUUCUGUUACAGGAAGAAGAAAAACAAAUGAAUCACGAAAUUCGACAUGAAUUAUAUCAAUUACAAUUGGAAUAUCGUAUUCGGGCUAAUGAUCCAACUGAUGAAGAUCUUAUGCAAAUGGAUAUUAUACAUAAAGAUAUUCGCAUUUUAUUAGAAAAAAAAAUCAAUAAUACAUUACCAAAUGCACGUGAACAAAAUGUUAAACAACUGAGUAACUUAGUAUAG